GUGGUGAUGAGAGGAAAAUGGUGGUUCAGUAGACUAGAUUUCUAAGGAGGCAUAAAAAGGUUUUUGUUUUUGUUAUUGUAACACACAAUAAACGGCCUUAGGCUUGCCUAGGGGGUAAGAAUGGAGAACCCUCGAAGAAUGAAUGCUUUCCUCAUCGUCUGCAUCUUCUUCUUCUUCUCCUUAUCAUGCUCUCGAGCAUCCGCACAUGGUGUACAAACCAAAAAUAAAGAGUUCGUACCAAAUAACAGGCUGAAGCAAGCGCGCCACGCCUUUGAGGCGUGGAAGCAGGCCAUCUAUUCCGAUCCGAUGAAUUUCACUGCUAACUGGGUCGGCCCUGACGUCUGCUCCUACAACGGCAUUGUUUGCGCCCAGGCCCUUGACGACCCCUCCCUAACUGUUGUGGCAGGAGUUGACCUCAACCACGCCGACAUCGCUGGUCACCUCCCUGACGAGAUCGGCGACUUAGCCGACCUCAGCCUCCUCCACUUGAAUUCUAACAGGUUCUGCGGGAUCAUCCCCAAGAGCAUCAAGAAGCUCAAGCUCCUUUUCGAGUUGGAUGUGAGCAACAACCGCUUCGUCGGACCUUUCCCUAAGGUUGUCCUUGAGCUGCCAGAGCUCAAGUACCUCGAUCUCAGGUUUAAUGACUUCGAAGGAGAGCUCCCAAAGGAACUGUUUGAUAAGGAGCUUGAUGCCAUUUUUAUGAACAACAACAGAUUCAGGUCCAGCAUCCCUGAGAAUUUGGGGAACUCUCCUGCGUCUGUGAUAGUGUUGUCUAACAACCACCUCAUGGGGUGCAUUCCCCAGAGCAUUGGCAAGAUGGCCGGCUAUUUAGACGAACUGGUCCUGUCGAAUAAUAAAUUAUCGGGAUGCAUGCCGGAGGAGGUGACCUUGUUGAACUCGACGGUGGUGUUCGAUGUGAGCAUGAACAAGUUCGUCGGGGACUUGCCGGAGGGGAUGGAAUACAUGCAAAGCUUGGAGGUUGUCAACAUUGCUAGGAACGAGUUCAGGAGCAACAUGCCCGAUACCGUCUGCAGCUUGCCAAACUUGAAGAACUUAACCUACGCCCACAAUUAUUUCGAUGCCAAGGACGCAAGCUGCGACCAUGGCGCCAUUCCAGAGGUGACAUUCGUCGGCGAGGAGAACUGCAUCGCCGGGGAGAAGGAGCAGAGGACGGAGAAGGUGUGCCACGAGGCGUUGAACGAGAAGGUGGAUUGUAAAGCUCAAGGGUGCCGUGGGUCGGGAUAUGGAGAGUCUCCAAAGGAUAUGGUGGAAUCACCGCCACAAUCGGAGAGACGUUCAUCGCCGUCCAUGCCUAAGCAGAAGACGCCCUCUUCACCAAAAUCUAAGACGCUCUCUCCGCCAUCCAAGCCACAAUAUAAGGCUCCCUCUCCAUCUCAAAAGCCGGCGCCAUUGAAACCGGAGCUAACUCCAUCGGUACAACUAUCACCUCCGCCUCACGAUGAGUCAAAACCACCUUCUUUCAAACCAAUUCAGUCGCCAUCUCCUUCCCCGCCAGUGCACUUUCCAUCACCGCCAGUUGUCAACUCCCCACCACCACCUGUCCAUUCUCCACCACCACCCGUCCACUCCCCACCACCGCCAGUCCAUUCUCCACCACCACCAGUACCCUCCCCACCACCGCCAGUGCACUCUCCACCACCACCAGUCCAAUCCCCACCGCCGCCGCCACCCAUCUUCUCCCCACCUCCACCAGUGCAAUCUCCUCCACCACCACCCGUCCAUUCUCCUCCACCACCAGUGCACUCUCCACCACCACCAGUGCACUCGCCACCGCCACCACCCGUCCAGUCUCCACCACCGCCAGUGGUGUUCCAGUCUCCGCCACCACCCAUCCAGUCGCCACCACCACCAGCAUCGCCUACUUUCACUCCAAUCAAAUGGCCUACUUUCACUCCAAUCGAAUUGCCGAAGAACUUGGGCGCCCAUUACCAAUCUCCUCCUCCACCAGUAUUCAUGGGCUACUAGGAGCUUUGUAAUUUCAUCAAAUCUAUGUAAUUCAUGCCUGUUGUAACAUUAAUAUAUAAAACGAACUCACUUUCUUAAA